AUGCCCGGCAACGAGGAAGACCCCACCAACGUCAAGCCGACGGCGCUCAAAGGAAACGAUGAGAGACCGUCUAAGGAGCGACUGACGAUGAAGCGAGCAGGCGGUGGAGGCGGUGGCGGCGUCGGAAGUGCCAGCAAGCUCAAAGUGAAUGGUCGAGAGAAUACCGUCACCAAGUCGCCGCCCCUCUCUCCAAUGCCCGCCACCGUUCAACCGGCCCCUCUGCUGAAGCUGAACGAGUACGCGAAGAACUGCUCUCAGGCGGACUCCUCCGACUCGAACUGUGACUUUGUCAAAAAGGUGGAGUACACAUCGGAGAACGUCAGCUCGGUGAGCACCACGGUAGACCAGAGCAAGUCGCCGCACAACAAGCAGUCGGCGAGGCAGUCGGGCACGGCUGUCAUCAAGAGAUCAGGACCCACGGUGGUCAGGGGAGGAGGUGGUGGUGGUCCUGGUGCUGGCUCCAAGGGCCGUCUGGAGAGAGGGGAGCGAGGACAGGGCGAGGAGGAGAAGGACAAGGACAAGGAGAAGAGGGAGAAGAAGCGGGAAGACUCGAAGGAGAGCAAGGACACCAAGAGCAAGGAGAAGCCCACCAAGAGAGACAAGAGAGACAAGGAGAAGGAUAAAGAAGCUGCUAGUGGACUGAAGAAGAACGAACGGGAGACCACCUCGAAGGGCCGCAGCAAGGAGCGCGGCAGCAGACACGGCAACAAGGAGCACAAGCGAGCCAGCAAGACGGACAAGGGCAAGAAGAAGAAGGGAAAAUGA